AUGGCCGGCGAAGAAGGAGACUCUGCCGCCGGGGGGAACAUCCCCGCGUGGAAGAAGCUUGGAUUGAAGCUGAAAUACGCGAAGGAUCCGAUCCAGGACGAGAUUGAGGCGAAGGAGAGCAAGAAAAGACGGCAUGAGGAUGAUGAAGAAGAUGAGGGAAAGGAGAAGAAGGAGGUGAAGAAGAGUAAGAAGAAGAGCAAAAGUAAGAGCAAGGGCGACUCUGGUGAGAAAGAGGAGAAGGAGAAGGAGAAGGAGAAGGAGAAGGAGAAAAAGAACAAGAAGAGAGUCUCGUUCUCGGUGGACGCAAAGGUUCACGAUGGCGAGGAUAGCGACCAAGACCACGACGACGGUGCGGCAUCGGAUGCUAAUGCUGAUGCUGAUGACGAGGAUUCUUCGAAGACAAAUGCGGCUAGUGAGAAGAAUGGAGGCGAAGAUAGCGGCAAGAAGAAAAAGAAGGAGAAGAAUAAGAAGAAGAGCAAGGAUGGGAAGUCGACGACUGGGAGCGAUGGGUCACCGAGAAUCCAUGAGACUCCGAUCCUGUCGUAUCUCAGCCUUUAUUACAAGCACCGGUCGGCUUGGAAGUUCCAGAAGAACCGCGAGACGCAUCUCUUCAAGCACAUUCUCUCGCUGGAACACGUUCCUACCCAGUACAACGCUGCGCUGCUGGCAUAUCUGCAAGGACUGAAGAGCGAGGGCGCGAAGCAGCGACUACGUGAAAUCGCCGAGGAGGUGGUGAAAGCUGAGAUCGAGGCGACAUCUACAGAGGCUGAUGCCAACGGCACGGAAGAAACACAAGAGAGUUCUAAGCAGGACACGACCGGCUACAACAAGGCAGUUGACGCUUUCAAAGCGCACCUGUCCGAGGACAAGAAAGACGAAUUGGACCGCGUCCAUAGCACUGACGAGCUGGACGGGGAGACCGUGAAGAAAGUCGAGAAGAGACAGCGAGCAGAGCUUUUGCUGUUUGCGGUCAAUGGCGCUAUAUACACCUUCCAGAAACCCAAACCUGCACAGAAGGGUAAGGGCGCGAAGAAAGCCAAUCAGAACCUUGGCAAGAAGAAGAAGAAGAACCGCACGGCUUUCGUUGAAAUCUCGAGUAGCAGUUCCAGCGACAGUUCCAGUGACAGUGACAGUGACGAUGACACGGCCAAGAAACCUCAAUCCAAGAAGACCUCGCGCAAAGAUUCCAGCGACUCGUCUUCUAUCGACUCCGACAGCACGAGCUCGAGUGAUUCCUCGUCUUCCUAG